CCCCUAAAUUUGGGUCAGCAAUCGAUUCAUAUUUCAUUUCAGGUUGCAAAAUUAAGGUGGCAAAGGUGGCAAGUUCUGUUAAAAAAGAAAAAGACCCGCUAGGGUGUUGAAUUCUACCACCGAAGUUACUCACCAUCGACAUCGUAGCAUGAUUUCGCUCUGCAAUUUGAAGAGCCUUCGAUUGGGGUUUUCAAUAUUUUCUUCUACAUGUGCUUCCAAAGAUCUAAAACCCUCACAUUUCCCUCUUCAAAUUCAGCUACUCUGCAGAAAUUUCAGCUCAGAAAUCUCACAAAACCACCAUGGCUUCACAGUCAGUUAUCUCAUAAACUCAUGUGGGUUGUCCCCAGAAAAUGCAAUUUCCGCCUCCAAGACGAUCAAGUUGCAGUCCCCAGAAAGAGCAGACUCCGUAUUGGCCCUUCUGGGAAGCCAUGGAUUCUCCCAAACCCAGAUCUCGAAGCUCGUCAGGUCACGCCCACGGUUCCUUUUAGCCGAUCCUGAUCAAACCCUUUUGCCAAAGCUCGAGUUUUUCAGCUCCAUUGGAGUUUCGAGAGAGGACGUUGCCAGAAUUGUGGCUUAUAGCCCAAAUCUUUUGGUGUUGAGCUUGCGGAAACGGACUGUACCCACUUACGAGUUUCUGAGGAGUAUGCUUUCGGAGAAAAAUGCGGCUUCUGUUGUCAAGCGCGGUACCUGGAUUUUCUUGGAAGGACACUCGAAGAAUGUGGAGCCGAACAUUGGGAUUUUGAGAGAAUCAGGUAUGCCACAGUCAUGCAUUUCUCUGUUGCUUGCUAGAUUUCCCCGUGAAUUGAUGUGGAAGACUGAAAAGUUUGGAGAAGUUGUGGAUGUGGUUAAGCAAAUGGGUUUUAAUCUUGAAAAAUCUACUUCAGCUGUUGCAAUAAGCACAUUGUGUGGGCACAACGGUAAGUCGAGAUGGGAUCAAAACCUUGAAGCUUAUAAGAGGUGGGGUUGGUCUGAGGAUGAUGUUCUCUCCGCUUUCAGGAGGUUCCCGCAGUGUAUGACUAAGUCGGAGAAGAAAAUAGCGCAAGUAAUGGAAUUGUUAGUCAACAAGAUGGGGUGGCCGUCAAGAAUGAUUGCCAAGUACCCGGUGGUCAUGGGUUUGAGUUUGGAGAAGAGAAUCAUCCCGAGGUGCAAAGUUGUAAAAGUUUUGCUGUUGAAGGGAUUGGUAAAUAUUGAAAACUUGAGUUUGGGUUUCGUGUUAAAACCUGUGGAAAAGAAGUUCUUGAAGAGUUUUGUGACCAGAUAUCUCCACCAAGUACCUCAAAUUGCGAGUGUGUAUCAUGGAAAUGUUGAUAUCCAGGAUGUGUGAUCUCCAUUCAUAUUUUGCUGGAGCAAAUUCACUUGGUUGCCAAUGGCUGAAAUAUAAAUUCGUUGGUUUAAACACCAGCUUGAUGUUGGCCUGAUCUCCCUGAUGCCACCAAUUUGCAGUUAAUGGUGCUGCAUGGCUAUUGACAGGAUACACAAAGCCGUGCUUGUAUUGGUGUUUAAUCUAAUAUAUUCAACAGAGGAGUGAAAGGAACCUUUUCUUUUUUGGUCUAUUGUUCAAAUCAAAAGAAACAAAUGCAAGCACGUGCACACACACAUAUCAGUCCUUGUGACAGUUGAUGGAGUCUGUAAUGAAGAAACAUUUCUUCCAUCUUUUAUAUUCGUGGAUGAAUGAAUCUAUUAGAAAGCAUUUGAAGACUUUCUGAUCAAAAGAAAGAAGUACGCCUUUACAACGGUACUUAUUUAUUGUUUCAACUCUCUAAUUAAUUCCUGUUCAAUAAACUAAAUUUAUUUUUCCAUAAA